AUGAAGUUGGGAAAAAAAGAAAAGUUAACAAUUGUGUUUUCAGUGGCCUUUCUCCUGCUUGCCAUGUGCAUUAUCGUGCGAUAUGUCAUUCUUAGCAAUAAAAGCACGCCAAAGGGGGCAGCAAGCUCCCAAAAAGGCGCUUCAGCUGCGAAAGGCAGUAAGAGCAAGCCUGCCGCACAGACAGAAGCUGCGGCGGAGCCUACAAGCAGCGCACCUACAGAAACGCCGAAUUCAGAAAAGGCGGAAGGCACAGAAGAAGCUGGCGCUAGUGCCGAGGCCGGCGAAUCGGAGCCUUUGAGCGGCUUGCUAUUUGGCCUAGGCUUGGGUGCAGCCUCUAAGGAAGAGAAGAAGGAAAAGUCUCCUGCGGCCUCUAGCAAAAAAAAGAAGAAAACCCCAAAGAAGGACUUAAAGACCAAAGUGCAAACGGAAAUUCGCAUGCCCUACUACAAAGGCACAGACUGCGCGCACACAGCUGUUCCAAACCACGGGAAAAAAAACAAAGAGCCUCUCCCAGACCUUUCGGCAAUGACACUUAUUUCUUCGUACGCAAAUCUAGGAGUUCAUUUGGACACCAAAGUAUUUUUGAAGUCCAAAUUCCCAGCCGUAUACUCCAGCGACGCUCUGCAGAAAAAGGUGAACCUGCUCGAAAGCAAGGCCAGCAAAAACAGGCUGCAGUAUGGAAAAGCGCACGAGCUGGCAGACUUGGCGCUGAACUCGAUAAAGUGCUUGGAAGGCAUUGUCAACAUAGCAGGAAAGUCUAUCGUCGAGGAGAUAGACGCGGUGAACAAGAUGUGGAAAGUUCUUGUCUGCACAGCGCUAAAGGCCCAGCAGGCAGACGCAGAGAAGAAGGGCGGCAAAAAAGAGCCUCUUUCCAAGGCUCUGGACUCUGCCAAGCUGGCAGAAAGCAUCCAGUGCAUCCGGAAGGAGCUUCAGAGUGUCUACUCAAAAGCUGCAAACAAGGAAAAGGAGGACAAGAUGCUAGAGGCGAUGCUCGCACUGGAGAGCAUAUUCCGGUACAACGGGGAGAAAGCCGCAAAACUAUCAAACAUAGGCGGCCGGCUUGACCAUUUGCUUUGGGUAAACAAAGAAAUUCCAGAGGCAAUCAAGAAAAACAUUGUUUCCUACAUUGGCACGCACUGGAGCAGAGACGCGAGCAACGAGGAGAUGUUUUUCAGCGACUCUAAAGUUGUAGACUCCAUGUUCAUGAUAAAGGACGAGACUACGAAAAAGUACUUCUUGAACCUGAAGAGCCUUCUGUCGGUUUCUUUGCACACUGCUGUCUUUGACGGGGUUAUGUACAAGCUCAUCGACGUCCAGAAAAACGCAAGCGCCAAGCUCUCUAAAGACUCGGUAGAGGCCUCCAUAAAAAAAAUAAGCACGGGUCUCAUCUUCAAUGACUGUGUGUUUUCGCCCGAAAUGCAGGAUCCGUCAAAAGAGGAAAACGUAGUGUGCACAAGCUUGUUUGUGAACAACGAGAAGUUUGUGGAGAUUGUUGCUGCGCUUCUUGCAAAGAUAGAAGUCUUCCUGCGAAAGCUUAAAGAAGAAGAAAAGACCAUCCAGAAAAGCGACAAGGCCACACACAUAGAACAGUUCCUGUCUGUGGCGCUGGCUGGCACGAAGGCUAUGGCCGCCGCCGCCAACUACUACAGCAUCGUCUUGUCGAAGCAAAGAAGCAGGGAAGGCGCCAUCCGGUCGUUCAUAUACAGCGCAAUUCUUAGCCAAGAGCACAAAAAGAACAUAGAAACUUCGCCCGUGCUUGAGACUAUGGCAAAGAACGCCUUCAAAAAGGUGCUUAACAGCACAGAAGACGCCAAAAAGCCCGCGAAAAACACGAGCGGCUCAGCGCCUACCCUGGAAAGGCUUGCUGCAGGCCUGCAGAAAAAGGAAAACCUCGAGUUCUUUAGGACUCUGUCUGUUGGCCUAAAGGGAGACGACGCCGCGAUUGCAAAGAGCUAUCUGUCCUACACAAAGAAGCAUAUGGACGAGGCCAGGCAGCUGGUAAAAGAGCAGGAUGCAGAUAAAUAG